AUGUCGCCAUCAGAUGAAUUAUUGGAAAAUUACUUCCAUUGGUAUCAACAGUCAAUUCUGCACCCCUUGACAAAUGAAUUGUGUGCUGGUACUUUACCCGAUUUUAAGCUCUUCACGUACUUGGUUCAGGACUUGAAGUACUUUGAAACCGGGGCAGACUUGAUAUCUAAAACCAUGAGACUAAGUGAUAGUAAAGAAGCAUCUUCAACUAUUUAUGAAUAUAUCGGCGGAUUGAGCACUGAAAACAAGUACUUUCAUGUUUGUAUACAUGAAUUGAAACAGUCAGAAGAGGUACAGAAAAGAGUUCCUCAUAUGCUUGGAGAAAACUCGGAAACUCUUCCAGCCGUUAAGAAGUAUAUCGAUUACCUCGACUAUUUGCUUAAUGAGUCCAAUUCUUAUGUGGAAUUGAUAACCGUCGUUUAUAUCAUGGAAAAAGUGUACCUUGGAUGGGUUGAAUUCAAUUUGCAACAAGGUUCAAUUUCGAAGAGUCUUGAAUACAAACACCAAGAGUGGAUAGAUUUGCACAGUGGAGAGGAUUUUGAAAAAUGGGUCAAGUUUCUUGCUCAGGAGGUUGACAGAGUGGCUCCCUCGGACAUGGAAACAUUUGAACAAACAGCAAAAAAGACCCUUGAAUUGGAAGUCGAGUUCUUUGAAGACUGCUACAACUACAAUUCAUAA